AUGGACGACCUCACCCUCUCCAUGCUCGAGUACCUCAAACUGGCGCUGUUUCUUCUCAACAUCUGCAUCGCAGCCUUCGUCGUGUACAGCCGAUCGCGAAACGCAACGGCAGGUGGAGAUGAGGACAAAGAUGCUCGUCGAGGGCCAAUCUUGUUCGUUAUCGCGCACCCCGACGACGAGGCCAUGUUCUUCGUGCCCUCCAUCCUGGCCCUUGCACAAUCAAAUCGCUCCAUCCACCUGCUGUGCUUGUCCACGGGCGACUACGAAGGGCCAUCGACAGGCAAGGUGCGCACCAAGGAGCUCUACGCGAGUGCAAGCGGGGUGCUGGGGAUCAAGAAAGCCGAUAUAAAGAUCAUAGACGACGAAGAGCUUCGAGAUGGGCCGCUCAAUCGCUGGAAUGAAGACCGAAUCGCUAGAAUCGUGAAGGCCUACGUCGAUGAGCAGGGCGUGGAGACCGUCAUCACCUUCGAUGAGGGUGGCGUCAGCGCUCACCCCAACCACAUCGCUGUCUUUCACGGCGUAGCACGAUUUCUGGCUCUGCACGCCUCGACAACUCCAUCCUCUUCCUCAUCAGAUGCAACUCCUUCUUCCUCGACUUCUUCCACGCUCAAGCACCGAGCAUCUACGACUGCGGCCACCGCGUCGCCUCCCGUACCGAGGGCCGAGCUGCGAGGGUUCAAGCUGGAAACGACGAACCUGGUGCGCAAGUACGUGGGUCCGCUCGACGUCGUGUGGUCGAGCCUGACCGCGCAAGGCGAGAUGUUCGUCGCGCCCGGCUGGCUUGCCUUCUGGUCUGCCCACCGCGCCAUGCAGGCCCACCACAGCCAGUACGUCUGGUUCCGCCGCCUCUCCGUUCCCUUCUCCCGCUACUCCUACGUCAACACUCUCCUCCCCAUCAGCAUGUGA